CAUCGUAUUCAUAUUAAAAGUUAAUGACACUGUAGUUAUAAUCUCAAGAUGGGUAAUACGGAGAGUAAUGUGACUAGCGGUGUUAAGAAGCAGGCGGGGACAUCUGAACAGAAACUUUAUAGAUUCAUUGAUCUUAAAGGUGGAGGUCUCCUCGUCGAUAUGAUGAAACGUGCAGUACAGAAUAAACAGUACGCAGAGAUAGACCACGCUAUCAAAACUAAAGUGGAGCCAUUUCUCUACAACAGAGGCAAGGGCCGGUACAUACCGAUAUCUCAUUUAGUACUCCUGAGAAAUAAGGAGAGACCGCGACAUAAGUUGUUGCCUCCAUUACGAGGUAUGGAGAAUCCAGACGAGGAAUUUGACGUCGAAAAGGAUUGGCCCGCGGUCACUCAAGAGGAAUACGACGCUAAUCCUUCUGCAUAUAGAGAGCUUUGUUGGGAUCUAAAGGAGCGUGGGGCAGUGGGAGAAACUAUCCUUCACUUGUGCCUCCUGAACGCAACGUCUCUUCUGGCUGACCUAGCCAAGCGACUGCUGCGGUUCUAUCCGAAGCUCAUCAAUGACAUUUACAUGAGCGACGAGUAUUACGGCGAAAGUGUACUGCACAUGACGAUAGUAAACGAGGAUCCGACGAUGGUGAAGUUCCUACUGGACGCCGGGGCCGACUAUCAUGAAAGGUGUUUUGGCAACUUCAUGUGUCCGGAAGACCAGAAGGCAUCUCGCACUGACUCGUUUGACCACGAGUGGGUUAAUGUACAGCCGGACACCAAUUACAAUGGGUACGUGUACUGGGGGGAAUACCCUCUAAGCUUUGCAGCGUGCCUCGGCCAGGAGGAGUGUUACAGACUCAUCUUAGCGAGAGGAGCAGAUCCUGACAAACAGGACACCAACGGGAACACUGUUCUGCAUAUGCUAAUAAUUUAUGACAAAGUCAGUACCUUCGAUAUGGCGUACGAAGUCGGGGCGUCUCUCAACAAAAGGAACGUUCAAAACUUAACGCCUCUAACUCUCGCCGCUAAAUUGGCGCGCGUGGAACUUUUCUUCCACAUCCUCAAUAUUGAGAGAGAGAUAUACUGGCAGAUAGGCGCUACCACGUGCGCUGCUUAUCCUCUAGGGCAAGUGGAUACUAUUGAUACUGAAACUGGAAGGAUUAGUAAGGAUUCAGCGCUGAAUUUAGUUGUUUUUGGUGAAAAAGACGAACAUUUAGAACUUUUAGAGGGAAUGUUAAUCGAUCUUUUAAAGACGAAAUGGAACACAUUCGUAAAGUUUCGUUUCUACCGUCAAUUCAUCCUGUUCUCCUGCUACUUCCUGAUCUCUCUUGUAUGCUUCACCUUAAGACCUGGACCACCUGACCGUGCUGUCAAUGGUACGGUAGUCAACACUACCAUAGGAACUUUGACUAAUGACACUGAAUUGAUGACUGAAGAAAUCAAUUGCACUAUAUCGAAACCGGCAGAUUUCGAUUCAGGAGACGUUGAAAUCUUUAACAACACAAAACAAGCAGGCAUCCAGUGUGGGAAUUUCAAAAGUCAUCCAAAGGAAAAACCUAGCACUGAAGCUCCACGGGAAAACGACAUGGAAGGCUGGUGGGAAGAUCUAACUGAAGAAUGUAGAUUAAUGAACUUCGAAACUUGGCAAGCUAAGAUCCGAAUAAGUGCAGAACUGAUGUUAUGGGUCGGCGCCUUAGCUUACAUCGGUGCAGCAUUACGUGAAGCUAAGUUUCUGGGGCUGAAAAUGUUUUUUGAGAACUUGAGCACCGUUCCAUCAAGAGUGAUGUUCCUGUUCUCUUGCCUCCUGAUGGUUGCGUUGCCAACGUUACGCCUGUGGUGCGCUGAUGAAGAGGAGGAUCACCUGGCGGUCAUCAUUAUGCUCACCACUGCGCCGUACUUUUUGUUCUUUUGUCGUGGAUUCAAAACGGUCGGUCCUUUCGUGGUGAUGAUAUAUAGAAUGGUGAUGGGCGAUCUUCUACGGUUUGUUUGUAUAUAUCUCGUAUUUGUUAUGGGAUUCUCUCAAGCGUAUUACGUAAUAUUUCUAUCAUUCGACAACCCGAACACACCCGAAGGAGUGGACGACUCGGUAUCGAACCCCAUGCCCUCGCCGAUGGAGAGCAUCAUGGCCAUGUUCCUCAUGUCGCUGACGUCAUUCUCUGAUUACUUUGGCGCGUUUGAGAGGACUGACCAUGAAAUUGCUGCUAAGCUGCUGUUCGUCAUAUACAUGAUAAUAGUGGCCAUAUUACUGGUGAACAUGUUGAUCGCUAUGAUGGGCAACACGUACCAGAAGAUAGCGGAGACCAGGAACGAGUGGCAGAGACAGUGGGCCAGGAUAGUGCUGGUGGUGGAGCGAGGGGUGCCGCCUGCGCAGAGGUUGAAGCAACUCCUGGCGUACAGUCAACCGAUGGCUAAUGGGAAGAGAGCUCUGGUGUUGAGGAUUAAUCAAAAGGAUGAAGAUAAAGAAGAAAUGAAGGAAAUCUUAGAGAUGAAGCGCACACAUGAGCGUAUAGUGGCGAAGAGGAAGCAACGAGACGCGGAACUGAAGGGAGCCAAGGGACCCCCACCGCCGGUCAGAGACUAUCCUAUUACGAAGAGUCAAACAACCGUUAAUAAACAACGCAAUAUCAUUUUGUAGACUGUAGAUCUACUUUACAUAAUACAUAUUAAAUAUUUACAUUAGAAACGUAGAGACAA